GAGCCAGCAGCCCCUCCCCCGCCUCCCGUCCCGCGGGAACGCGCCUCAGGCAGGCUGAAGGAACGCCGAUGCUACGGGGACGCGCACGUCAGUUGUAUGAGGCAGUUGCAGGCUGCGCAGGUACCAGUGUUAUUAGUUGGGGAUGGCUCUCCAUAUUCUAUUGCUGCAGGUAUGUGUAGGGGUCGUGGCACUGCCAGUGCAUAUCUUGGCAUUCCUGGGGCUCUGGGACAGGAUAGCCAAGGUGGUGCUGCCAUACCUAUUGGAACGCAUCACUAAGGAAUACAACAGGAAAAUGGGAGACGAGAAGAGGCAACUGUUCCGCAACCUGAGUGACUUCGCUGGUCCCUCUGGGAAACUCGCCAUCCUCGAUCUUGGCUGUGGCACAGGGGCAAAUUUCCAGUACUACCCGGCCGGCAGCAAAGUCACCUGUAUGGACCCCAACCCCAACUUCAAAUCGUUCCUGGGCAGGAGCUUGGCCGAGAACCAGCACGUAGACUUCCAGAGCUUUGUGGUGGCCCCCGGGGAGAAUAUGGCCCCCUUGGCAGACGGCUCCAUGGACGUGGUGGUCUGUACGCUAGUCCUGUGCUCCGUGAGGGAGGUGGAGGCGGUGCUGACCGAGGUGCUGCGGGUUCUGAAACCUGGCGGAGCCUACUAUUUUUUGGAACACGUACGAGCAGAUUCUGCAUCUUGGAACUAUUUUUUCCAGAGAAUCUUGGAUCCCACUUGGAAAUACAUAGGAGAUGGGUGCAAGCUUACAAAAGAAACCUGGAAAUACCUGGAAAGUUCCAAGUUCUCUGAAGUUAAACUGCGACACAUCCAAGCACCUUAUAAGUUGAGCCCAGUGAAGCCUCAUAUAAUUGGUUAUGCUGUAAAAUAAUGCUACCUUAUCUGGUUGUGAAAGGCUUUCCUUCAGUUUCUGUCUGUGAGAGAAUGUCUUCUGUUUAUAUAUAUAUAUAAAUCUUUUUAACACUUUACUAAAAUACAUUUUAAUUAAACAACUGCACCACUUUUUAUAUGUAACCAGUGUUCUAUCAUUCCUCUAUAUAAUGUAUGAACAUUAAUUACACAUGGCUUGUUCUGAUCAGUUGCAAGUGAA